AAUACAAGUUGGAGUUCGGAGCGCGCGCGCCUGUUCAGCGCAAACGUAAAUACGGCGUGUUGCAGAAAUUGUCUAUCUCGUUUCAUACAAACGUGACCGGCAUUUGUUCAUUGUGAUUCGGAAUUGGAACUUCAUUGUUAUUAACAAGUGUCAGUGCGAGAUCGCUGCAUUGGAUUUUCGUUUGGAUUACCGUAAACCGUUGAAGGAGAAAAAUGAGUGCCUUUAAAACUGCUUCGUGCGGUUUAGAUUUUGCUGCCGUUCCUGAUAUUCAGGAAGGUUUACAUGUAGCCACUGCAUCAAAGUAUCAUUUUGUAACUUUUCCAAUAACACAUCCUAAUUUCAAAAGAGAAUUUAUAAAAGGAAAAGCCAAGAAUCGACCUGGACCAGUUACUCGUUCAGACAUGAUACUUUGCAGUUCAGAUUGGAGCCAAUACAUUGUUGGAAAAUUAUCUCCUUACAUUGAUGUGGAUUCAACGGUACCAUUUAUAGCUAAAAAUAGUAGAGAAACAAUAAAUCAAGAAUUAUCAUUUGCUACUCAUUUGGGAUUAAUAGCUAUUACUAUAAAACUGAAAGGAAAUUUGGAAAAAACUAUGAAUCUUGCCCAAAUAGUAUAUAAUAAAAUAGCUGCUGAACCUCAUUUCCAGGCUUUUAUUUGGGUUCAAGUACCAAUGGAAAACCCAAUCAAACAAGUAUACUCUCAUAGAGUGGAUAAAAAUGUAGAUGAAAUGGAGGUUGAGAAUACGUGGAACUGGUGGAAUGCUUUUAGAAUAGUCUGUAAUUAUCAUAAAAAGCUAAUUGUAGCUUUAAUUGUCAGCAAUGAUGUCCCAGACAAGGAAGAGAUUUUAAGGUGGAUCGGAGAACCUGUUAAAUGUUUAAUUAUUCCUACAUCUGUAUUUAUUACAAAUAAAAAAGGAUAUCCAGUACUAAGCAAAGGACAUCAAGACUUGAUAAAAGCAUUUGUUCCUCUUGAUGUGCAAUACAUCAUAACUGGAUCUAAUCGCCAUCAAAAUAUAGCUUACUACUAUCACUACCUUGAUCAUUUGUGGAAGAAUUGGCAGCCUGAUGGAACAAUUGAAAGGUUUGCUCGUGGAUUUGAAGAUUAUCUUCAAAAUCCUUUACAACCAUUGAUGGAUAAUUUAGAAUCUAGUACUUACGAGAUUUUUGAAAAAGAUCCUAUAAAAUAUGAAUUAUACCAACGUGCAAUUCAGUCUGCUCUUGUUGAUAGAGCAGAGCUAAAGAAAAAAGAAAAGGAUGAAACACCAAUAGUUGUUAUGGUUGUAGGAGCAGGUCGUGGCCCUUUAGUUAGAGCAGCUCUCAAUGCUUCUAUUAGUACAAGAACUACAAUUAAAUUAUAUGCAGUAGAAAAAAAUCCGAAUGCCAUUAUAACAUUACAAGCUUUAAAGAAAGAGAUGUGGGGUGAUCAAGUUACAAUAGUCAGUAGUGAUAUGCGAGAAUGGAAAGCUCCAGAGAAGUGUGAUAUUUUGGUUUCAGAAUUAUUAGGCUCAUUUGGAGAUAAUGAGUUGUCUCCAGAAUGCUUAGACGGGGCCCAAAAAUUCUUGAAAGAUGAUGGAAUAAGUAUUCCUCAAGCUUAUUCAUCUUAUGUAGCUCCUGUUCAAGCUAACAAAUUAUACAAUGAAGUGAGAGCAGCAAAAUCAACGAAUGAGCAUGAAAGUAACUUUGAAAUGCCUUAUGUUGUACAAUUCCAAAAUAAAUAUGACAUUGAUGAACCACAAAUUCUUUUUACUUUUGUUCAUCCUAACAAAGAUGAUCCAAUUGAUAAUUCAAGAUAUGGAAAAAAUACCUUUAAAGCUAGUCAAGACUGUAUCCUCCAUGGAUUUUCUGGAUAUUUUGAUUGUCAACUGUACAAAGACGUUAUGAUGAGCAUUGAACCACGAACUCAUAGUCCAAAAAUGUUUAGUUGGUUCCCUAUAUUUUUCCCGAUAAAGACUCCAGUCCAUUUGAAAGCCGGAGACGAGAUCGUCAGUCACUUUUGGCGUUGUGGAAAUACCAAAAACGUUUGGUAUGAAUGGUCAGUUGAAAAGCCAAUCCCUGUAGCGAUUCACAAUCCAAACGGCAGGUCCUCAAAAAUUGGAUUGUAA